AUUAAAAUUUAAAAGUCUCUGAUUCCAUAAAACGACCCCACUUUCCCACUAUUGUUAUGAUAAUUUGGAACCUUUUUCACGCAAGAAUAAGCUCUACGCACGCAAUAUUGCUAUUGUUUCUUCUUCAUAUUUUCCUUUUUUUGGUUAAACAAGUUGUUUCUGGGAACCUUGAAUAUUCAACCUGUGAUAUGGGCUACCUCAAUUCUGUUUUGUCUUCUUCAAGUCAGGUUCAUGCUGCUGAUGAUUCACCUGUUAGUGGUGGAGGACUCAGUCAGAAUGGAAAGUUCAGCUAUGGAUAUGCUAGCUCCCCUGGCAAAAGAUCUUCAAUGGAAGAUUUUUACGAGACAAGAAUUGACGGCGUUGAUGGCGAAGUUGUUGGUCUUUUUGGAGUUUUUGAUGGUCACGGCGGCGCUCGUGCUGCAGAGUAUGUCAAGCAAAACCUGUUCAGCAAUUUGAUCAGUCACCCAAAAUUCAUUUCUGACACCAAAUCUGCAAUAGCUGAUGCAUAUACGCAUACCGACUCUGAAUUUCUGAAAUCAGAAAAUAACCAAAACAGGGAUGCUGGAUCUACUGCUUCUACUGCCAUUCUUGUUGGUGAUCGCUUGCUUGUUGCAAAUGUCGGGGACUCUAGAGCUGUUAUAUGCAGGGGUGGAAAUGCUAUUGCUGUGUCCCGAGAUCACAAACCAGAUCAAACCGAUGAGAGGCAAAGGAUAGAAGAUGCAGGCGGUUUCGUUAUGUGGGCUGGAACUUGGAGAGUUGGUGGUGUUCUUGCUGUUUCUCGUGCAUUUGGUGAUAGACUCCUUAAGCAAUACGUUGUUGCUGAUCCAGAAAUUCAGGAAGAAAAAGUCGAUAGCUCUCUCGAGUUUCUUAUAUUGGCUAGCGACGGGCUAUGGGAUGUUGUCUCUAACGAGGAAGCUGUUGCUAUGAUUAAACCGAUCGAGGAUGCAGAGGUGGCAGCAAAGAGGCUGAUGAAAGAAGCGUAUCAGAGAGGCAGUUCUGACAACAUUACUUGUGUCGUGGUUCGUUUCCUGAUGAACAACCAAGGUUCUUCGUCUCGUAAUAGCUCUGGCUAAAGUGUCCUUUAAAACAUAGGAUUGUGACAAAACCAGUUUAUUAUAGGGCAUCAUUAUUCCUUGUAACUGUGUGUACUAUACCAUGCAAACAUAGAAGUCAAAACUUGAACUCAUUAUGGUCCUCUAGCAUAGCUAUGUUAUGAUUAAUUUGGGGUCUUAUUUGUAUUGUAACUAGGAAAAAUUGUUUUGUAAAACUUGUGGCCAUAGUUUUAACUGCACAUACAGGUGAUGCAUGUAAAUGUGGUGGUUUUGUUCUCA